AUGAUGCGUUGCGUGACACAUCGACGUGAGCAGCCUUGUCUGGACUCUUAUCGACAAUGGCAAAUUAUCCAAUCAGAUGGCGAGAUUAGUAGUAAUUGUGGUAAAAACUAUGUUAUCCUCUUAUUUCAGACUUGUCUCACCCUAUCAUUUCCAGAAGAGGGAUAUUCUACAAAGUUUGUUCCACCAAGGACUGUUUUUGCAAGUCUUCACAAGAAGAGCAUUCGAUGCAUAGAUGUAUCACCUGGAGGGGGACUGGGUGUGUCUAGCGGGGAUGAUGGUACUCUGCUUAUUUGGGACACCAGUAAUGGUGUUGUAAGGCAUGAUCUCCAAGGGCACAUAUCAGAUGUGAACACUUGUAGGUUCUUCCCAUCAGGGAAAGUUGUUCUUAGUGGUGGAGCUGACUUACGGCUUAAAAUCUGGUCUGCCGAAGAUGGAAAUUGUCCUGUGACAUUGAAAGGCCAUACAGGAGGAGUUGUUGAUACAGCAAUAGUUGAUCGAGGAAGGAACAUUUUGUCAUGUUCUAGAGAUGGAACUGUUCGUCUGUGGGAUUGCGGAGAAGCCAAGUGUCUGGCAGUUGUGUCCAAAAGUGACUGUCCUGUAAAUUCAUGUGCAUUAACAGAGCUUCAUGGAAUGGAAAACACAUCGGAGAACCAAACAAGUGAACGCGAGGUUGGAACUGAAGGAAAAUUACUCCUGCUUGCAAAGGAAGACGGCUUUCUUGAUGGUGUUGAUGUGUAUAAUAGGAAAAAGGUUUUUCAGUUUAAGUGUCCGUCAGCCGUGAACUGCUGUGCAUUUUUGUCGGAAUAUGAAGCUGUCGGUGGAACAGAGGAUGGAUGCCUGUGGAUUUUGGACGUGAGAUCUCCAAGUUUUCCAGUUGGUGUAUUUCGUCGUUCAGCUUCGCCCGUACUUUCUCUCUCAAAACUUGGCGAUCGCGGAUUUCUAGCUUCUACAGGAGAUGGGUCCUGUUUUUGUUGGAGUGCAGAACUGUUAACCCAAGGACGAAGAGGAGAAGUAACAAGCUGGGAGUUGAUUGGUCCUGAUUGUGACCCAGUGUAUAGCAUUUGUAGAUCUGCCAACACGGUGUAUUCCGCUUGCCGAGACGCGAGCAUAAGAAAAUACGUGUUCAAACAUUCGCAACUCUCCAGUUAAGUCUGUGCAGAUUCUUGAAGCAUUCAACAUAACCCAAUAUUUAUGGUUGACAGGCAAGGCACGCAGAACGCAUUUUAUACUGAUGAAAAGUAUGAAAGGGGAAGAUCAAAAGUUCCUUUCACUCCAAGAAAUGCUAUGAAAUAUAGACACGAUUACGAAAAAUCAGUUUUAAGACAAGAAUAAAACGUUUCACUUCAUUUGAACUGGCAUGCAAAAGUUCAACCAAGCGGUGUUUUUGUUUUUGUUUUUGUUUUUGUUUUUCACUUUUUAGUGCAAAAUAGAACAAAAAACAACAAACAAAUAAGAAUUCUACAUUCGAAGGACACUUUGUCGUAAUCUUGUGUGAACAUCCUGACAUAAUAACAUAAUAGCAACAUAACAGCAUAAACAUAAUGACACAGAUAGUGACAACGAAAAAACUGGUUUCCUAUGCAUUUAUGUCGAUAUUCACAUUGCGAAAUAAAGCUAGCAUGUCGUUAUGUCGCUAGUGUGAACUACAAUUGUAGGCCUUACAGACCACGUAAUAUUCUCUAGAGAAUUGUUCCUUUAUCCAUCUUAAAAUUAUUCAUUCUUA